UUUUCUCAACUUGGCUGAUUUUACCGGACGUGUCCGCCGUGCUGAGUGGAAAAAUCGUAAAUUUGAGUGUGAAAACUUACAUUUUCCAAACCAAUUUAUAGUGCAGAAGUUGCGCCUCAUCUCGGAGCAUAGUUAGCUGCCAGAAAAUGGACGAGGAAGUCGUGGAAUUGUUGUUUUUCGACACCUUUUCCCAUGACACCUACGAGAAACUCAACCUGGACUUGGUGCAGUUCCCGAAGCCGGUGUACAUCACUGAGGUGCGCAUCAUUCCGCUGGGUGCCCGAGUGCAGGCAGACUUCCCGGGCGGUGUCCGGCUGGGAGCGACCAAUCCGUCUCAGUUUAAGAUCGAACUGUUUGUGAAUGAUCUGGGAAAGCCAGGGGCGCCGACGUUCGAGUGUUUGGGCGAUUUCGAGUACAAUCAGAACAAUUGUAUUCAUUUAGAAUGUGGCAAACCGGACGACGGGACCAGGAGGAUUCCAACGGACGGGCUGGUGCUGAAGGGUUUCUAUACGACGAUUACUCUGGCGGUGUAUGGAAUUUUGACGGCGAAUAUUGCGGACCCGAUUGUGUCGCCACGGGAGACGACGCCGCUGCCCGAACCUCCUGUGGAAAUUGUAGUGGGUGAUGUACCGGGAGGGAUUGGCGAGCCGGUUCUAGUGGGACAGGAAUGGCCGGAAGAGCCGCCACCGGCGACGGUACCGACGGAGGUAUUUGUGCAGAAGGAGUAUCCGGAACCGGAUGGGGAGGAUAUUCCGAAGGACCCUAGGCCGUACGCGAGAAGAGUGGCUGCGGCAGCAGUUGUGGCUAGUCCAGCAGAACCCAGUUCGCCCAAGAUGAUGGAGUGCGAGGUGGUGGAUAAGCGUGGCAAAAGGGUUUCGCGUUCGACGGAACGGCAGAUGCAUUACGAGCCGGGGGUAAGAUCGCGCGGAAGAAGUCAUGAGUAUUCGCGUUCCCCGAGCUUGUGCAAGGAUUACGUGGUCGGGGCUGCCCCGGCUCCGAAGCGCGAGUGGUCUAGAAGUCCGGACUAUGGGAAUAGAUCGAGAAGAAUUCGGAGCAGUUCGUACGAUCGGGUUAGGCGAGGAUCGUCGUAUGAUUUGGAGAAGGAUGACCGUCGGCGGCCAAGGUCGCCUAUCGAUUCGCCGAGGAGACCACGCUCACCGGAUCCGAUGGAUUCGUCCAACGAUUACGAAGAGGAUGAUUUCAGACACGGUGGUGCCCCAGGAGGGCAUGGCAAAUACGAGAAGAGAACGGUUGAAGGUAGGAUUAAGGCGGCUGUUGCGGGAGUUACCGGUAGUCCAACAUCAGCGUUGGCUACUCCGGUUGCGUCUCCGGCGUUGAUACCGGAUGAGGAUGCCCUGUCGGGUACGGAGCAGUUUGAACCGAUUCUCAGUGAUGAGGAAAUUACCGAGGAUUACGACUACGACAUGGAUUACGAUUUGGCGGACGAGUACUACAAGAGCUUCAAUCCGUUUGUGGCGGUACUGAAGAAGUUCGUACCGGAAGAGGGGCUGGAUGGAAAUCCAGCCGUGAUUAAGCAUUUAGAGAAUCUGCUGAAGAACAUCAAGUACAGUGGAAAAGCGACGGCAGAUUUUGGCGGAGAGACGGGAGACUUUAAGGAAGGCUUCGUCGAUUACACCGAACAGUGCGUGCAGUUAUUGAAUCAGAUCUUCGUGCUGGAGGAAUGCAGGGCAAAGUUCGAGAAGACGAUGGGUGGGUGGAUUGAGACGAAGAGCAAUGGGGUUCAAAUUUUGCUGAACUGCAUCAAACUGGGUCUGGACGUGGAUCGAGCUAUGACACAACCGCAGCCUGCCUACAAGUUGCGCCACAUGAAGGCCGGUAUUCGCCUAACAGAGUUCCUCGGAUCAACGGAUGUUUUCAUCAAGGUGAUCCUCGAGCAGGAAGAUUUCAACAUUUUCGAUAAGCUACUCGGUUUGUAUUCCCAGAGCUACAUGGCCAUGUCGAUCAAGCUAAUGAUCAUUCGAUCGAUUUACGCCUGCCUGGACACGAAACGCGGCUUGGAUUACUUUUUGAGUCCAGAAUACAACGGCUACCAGAUAUUGCUGGAUUUGAUUCAGGAAAAUCCCUCAACCCGAAUCAGUUUCGCUUUGAAAUCGCUGCUGAAGAAGAUUAACAUUUACGAGAAUUUAGAUCUGGUCCGGAGCACCGUUUCGGACAUGUAUGCCACGCGUAAUCAACCGGAUUUCAAACCGGAUCCGUCGAUGGUUUCCAUCUUGGAGAAUUGCUUUGCCGAGUUGACAACCGCUCUCUCCUGGGACGCCAUUGCCUUCAGCCAACCGAAACGCUUCCUCCCAAUUUCUGCCAAGUUCGCAAUCCACAAGGACAUCAAAUCUUCGUUGACCGCGAACCGGAGCUUCGUGGCGUUCUUCAACGUGCACAAGCUUAUGGAAACGAUCAUUUUGUUGCUGGAAAUGAAACUGCCCUGUUCAUCGCUGAUCGGGGCUGUUUACGACCUGCUGGCAGCGCUGCUCAAGAAGCAACAAAAGCUGCACUACUUUGCCGAUCACAUCGACUCGGUGAAUAUCCUGUUGAAGAUUCUCUUCCAGCACUGCCCAAUGAACGAUGAGGCCCACCCGGAGGAUCUCCUGCACGAUCUGACUCGCGGACAGCUGCUGGGUUUGGAGAUGGCCUAUAAGCUGCAGACGGUAUACUAUCUGGAUGCGAUCGGCCACACCAAGAACGAUUUGGACAAACUGGUCGAACAUCUGCAGGGUUUGUUCUACUUGGUCAACAGUUUCGGAAAGCGCUACGUCGUGGAGGUGAUCUGCAUGGAGGAAAACAUGAAGAUUUUCCUGGAUCUGAUCGAAAGCGAAAAGCGUGCGCUGAUGAAAGACGGAUCGCCCGGGGUUAAGCACAAAUCGCCGGCCCUGAGCUACAGCGUUGAUCUGGUGGACUGCGCCGUCCGUCAUUGCAACAACGUGGGUUAUCUGGUGAAGCAUGGUGAGGCUUUGUUGAAUUUAGCGAAGCAGCACGAGCAAUUCGAGUCCUCGGUUAGUGCCAUGCUGCAGGAAAUGGCAGUCUACUUGAAACCGCUAGAGAUUCAUGAGUUGUUCGCCAACGAAAACAUCAACCCGCUGGUGGAACUGAUGACGCGAAGCCUGGAGUUCAUAACGACCUUUCCCGGGGAUCUGAUUAUGGCGUUGAGACUCUUGCGCUUCCUCGGCAUCCCGGAAUACGAUGGCCAAGGUCAACCCAGUCACGUAGAACUCAAGUACAAGUAUACGAUCCUGCAGUUGUACUCGGCGGACGGUAAGACUCUGUUGAUUUCUAUCCUGGAAAAGCUCAAUACCUAUUUUGAUCAACCGGCGAUCCACGCCUCGAGUCUCGCCAGCAUGCAGGGCAUCCUGCUGACCCAGAUCCUAGCCCCGUUGAUCCAAAUUCUGCGCAAGGUUAUGACCUACUUGAUCGAAUGUCGCAACACCGAGUUCAAGGACCUUACCGUAAUCGAACCUCUGCUGCGCACCUACGCUCUGAUGCAAAGCGUCCCCCCGACUGCAACAGCCAUCAACGACGCCCGCGAAAUCCAGAAGGACAUCAUCAAAAUCCUUCUGGCCUUCACCCAACCGACCCCCAUGGACGGUCUCGAUACCAAUAACAUCCACAAGAGUCUCUGGACCCAGAUGAUCGGUGAACUGAUCAAGUUCAUCCUGUACGGCCCGAACUACUUCAUUCCGGGACUGCUAGUCUUCUCCGAGCUACUACCACUCCCUCUGCCGAUUCAAUGCCGUCAGGAGUUGACCCCCGUGGAAAUCAGCAAGCUGGUCAAGGAACGCCAACUUUGGUCCGCUCAUCUGCACCCGCAGAGUCCGGCCAUCACCGAGAUGAUCCAAACCAUCUGUCCUUCCAGCUACACACCGCUGUUGGUCAUCUUUAGCCGAGUCUGCCUUCAACUGUCCGAUCUCGCUCCCAACAUGACCCUACUCAUUUCGAAGGCCAUCACCGAUCUCAUCAUACAGGAACCACUGCUCCCGGGCAACCUGGCCAGCACUUCCCAUGCCCGGUUGUUCAGCUUCCUCGGCAGUCUCGUGUGUCACGCCUCAGUCAAGGUGUCCGUCCUAUCGAUCCUCUCCGGCCGUAUCAUGGAACUGAUGACCAACAUUCUGCUCAACCCGGGGCAGACCCCGGCCCAUCAGCAAACGCAGGAAAACAUCUACAUGGUGUUCCAGAAUCUGCUGGAUUCGGAAUUCGCCAUGAUGUUCGGCAACAUUGCUCCGCUGAUGCAGCUGGCCUGUUCGCUGCCACCGAAGGAGAUCAUCGAAAGUUGCUGCGGCACGAUCGUGGAGAACAUUUCCAGCGAGGAAAUCGGUCCGGGCGUUCUGGCCGCUGCCGUCAGGACCAUGCUGCUGCUGACGGAACAUGACAUCACUCUAACCACCCUCAUCGGGGCAAUGGACAAACGCAAGGACGCCAUCCUGUCAAUCGUGCAAAAGUUUGCCGACAAAGCCCGUGACAAUCCGGACAACUACCGUCAGAUCUUUGUCCUGCUCGGCGAAUUUUGGCGCUCGCUUGUCAUGAUCGACGAAACAUCGCUGGUCGGAUUUAACCUUCCGAAGCGAAGCAUCAAACUUACCUCCGAACAACUGGCAGCGUUCGUGUUCCGUCCAAAGGAACGCAAGGAAGCUAGCCAAGAGCCACCAGCCCCGACGGUGGAAACGGAUUGCACCGGGCUGUUGAAGGAUCUAUUGCUGACCUUCAAAUCCGAACCGAAACCGAUCGAACCGGUCGAAGCGGAGGUGGAAGAAGGUUCUCAACCGGUUCCACCCGUCGUAAUCGUUCCUCCGGAUACUCUGGAGGAGAAUCUGCUCUACCUGUUGGAACAGCUGAAGGACGUCGUUUCCGGCACAGAAUGCCAGUUCGAGUUCGGCGUCAUGGAACCGCUACCGCAAGCGGAGGGCAUCGUCACGCAGUACGCCUCCCGUAGUGUGUUCAUCGUUAGCGAGGAGUUUGAGGAUCAGCUGAAGGCGAGCUACUGGCUGAGUUUCUCGCCCUGUGAGGACGACUUGGAACGGGAGCAAAUUCCUUGCGACUUGAACGAACUGGCCAAGAGCUGCCUGGCCGUGGACAUAAACUUGACGUCGGAUUGCAAGCGGCUGUUGCAUUUGUCUGCUUCGCCCCAUUCGAAUCGUGAUCGCGUGGCGACUGCACCGUGCUUCCGGACCAGGCGCGUCGAAGUCGAACCAAGCACUGGCCGACCGGAGAAGAAAAUUUUCGCUACCCCUCUGCGAGGUCGUGGUUUUACCCGUGCGCCGAUCACUCGCAGCGAUUUGUUCCGCUCGCGACCGCCAAACACCUCUCGUCCACCGUCGCUACAUGUGGAUGACUUUUUGGCGCUGGAAACCUGCGGAGCGCAACCGACGGGUCCUACUGGGUACAACAAACUGUCCCGGGACAUCAUCACCAUCCGCGGUAGCGGCCGGGGACGUGGACGAACAUUUUCGGAUCGUGGUCGCUCGGGAUCCGGUUCCGGUUGGGGUCAGGGAGGCGGCGGCGGUGGCGGUGGCGGAAGCGGUUGGUCCGGUGGGCACGAUGGCCCCUCCGGAUCGGGAAGCGGUAAGCACUUUGGAGGUGGCGGUCACAGUCACUAUCGGGAGCAAUCGCAGAACCACUUCGGGGCGCCACAUGUUCGGUCCCGUUCCGGUCGUGGCUUCAGCCGCUACGGCGGAAGGCCCUAUUCACGGCCAAUUUAAGAGGUAGGUAAUUUGCAUCAUGUUGUUGUCGUCGUCAUGUUUUCGUGAGUUAGCGCGGUAAAUGUGGGAUAGGUUUGGGCUUGGAAUCUUGAUUGCGCGAGCCGGUAGACAACAAUUGUUAAUAGGGACCGUUUUUCAGACGGUAAUUACGAUUUUUGAUAUUAUUAUUGCCCAUCUAGCUGCUACCCGCUGCUCUGAAACAUGCGCAUCAACAUAGAGUGGAUGUUUUAAUGAUUUGGACUAGGCCUACACAUAAUUGAAUACAAAUUUUCUCUAACACAUUAGGUCAUAUGAAGAAAAUAGUUUACUCACUC